AUGAUCAUCCGACUCCCGCCAGGAACAAGCCGAAGAUCGGUUCCGCUCGCUAUCUUCGUUCUUGUUGUCUUGUGGGUUUGGGUACUCUUCGCUCGACCGUGGAGGAUCUCGUUCUCGCAUAUACAAUCGCAUUUUUACCCAGAGAGUCCGCCGUCUCUGUCAGUGACAGACGCCUUUGACUUCCCCCCUAUAGAAUCCGAAUCUAUCAAAAGCAUAUGCGGCGAGACAGAAUGGAACCCAGAAGUCGUAUUCAGAUGUGAUGAAUCUGUGGGUGGAAUAGGCAAUAUUCGAAACUCAAUCCUCCACUGCGUGCGAUAUGCAAUCUCAGCCGGUGGUGGCCUAGUUAUACCUAGCAUUGUCCUCCGAAAUGCCUCGGACAUAUCGCAAAUACGCACUGGCGUAACAACCACCAUGGAUUAUUUGUUCGAUACGCAGCAUUUCAUUGACUCUCUUCGACUCUCUUGCCCCUCUCUUCCAGUUUACAAGUCUGCCGUCGACAUCCCACAAUUCCAGGGCCAAGAUGCCCUUUCCCUCAUCCCCGAAAGUCUUUUCGCUUCCGUUCCAGCAAAUGGACUCAAAAACCCCGAAAAAUGGCGGGAACUCUUCUACUCCUGGCUUGAAGACUACAGGUCACCUAACAGGACAGGUGCUAUGGUUGUUGGGCUCGGGAGGUCAUACUUGCACUAUCCAAUAUACUCGGACGGCGAAGGGUUUGCCAUGAGCUUUGGUGGUAUCCUCAAACUUCGUUCGGACACUCGACGCCUAGCCACCACGACACUGAUCAGGUUGGCGGAGGCGCACUCGCUGGCCAUCAAUUUAUCCGAGCCUAUUUUACUCAAUGCGUUCUUUGGGGCACAUCUCCGCACAGAGAAAGAUGCCCAGGAAGGCUGGCCAGCACCUGACUGGAUCUUUUCGCGAUAUGCAACGCAGUCCAAGUUAUAUCUGGAGCAGGCACCUCGGUCCAAUACUAGCAUCAUCUAUGUUGCCUCAGGUGAUCCCACAGAGGUGGCUAAGUUCACUGCUGAUGCGAAAGCUAUUAACAUGGCUGUGACGACGAAGUACGAUCUCCUGACAGAAGACGAUAGAGUAGAGUUUGAAAAACUAGCCUGGGACCAACAAGCCUUGGUAGAUUAUAUGGUUAUGCUGAAGGCUUCGGAUUUUGCCGGGGUUGGUCACUCAAGUUUUGCUUGGAACAUAGCCCUGAAAAGACACCAAUAUGCCCAGCAGACGAACCAUCUGGAUGGGCCGCAGAUGUUGAGUGACGAGCUGAGCCAGAUCUACGGCACCCCCAGAGGAUACCCUGAGUACGCUGCAUGUUUAUGGCCUUGA